AUGACGUGCCACGAGCUCUCUCGCUCCCUCGGCGAGCGCAUUGCAGACCAAGGCCGCAUCCACCCUGAACCCUCGUUCUUUCUGUGCACACCGUCGCGGAGAGAGUUGGAAGCCGAAAAGAAGCGCGCGCUGAGGAUGCUGUUGUUGCAUCAGAAGGGGAGCGUGAAAGUGGGAGAGGUAGUGAGGUACACCCUUACAUACACACCCUCCGAAGACCGAAUAUUACCGCCACCCUCUUUCCUCCAUGUUCGCAUACGGAACUCAUCCGCCAUUCCUCUACGCGCCGCAUACCUUCACGGACCCUACACAAUCCACGUAUCCGCCUAUCCCUCCACCUUCCACCCAAACAAAAAGGAUGACGACUCGAAAAUCUACGGCGAGCCUGACUUCGAGCCAAAUGUCAAGGCCGGUGGCUACUGGAACACCAAAUUGACGGUGCCGGAGCAUACUAGGAAUGAAGAAAGAGAAGAUGACGGGACGCCGAAGAGCGUAACAUGGAUUAUUGAGAUCGCCUCCCAGAUUAUCUUUUCCAACUCGGCAUCAGUCAGCUACGAACUGCUGGUGGCACGGGACGAGCGGUCAUUGGACUUGGGCUUUACUGCUGUAACCGGUAACAGUCAUGGGACGCCAGGAAAGGUUCAGGAUCAUCAACAGGGCAGCCAGAAGCACGCCUCCCAGCAUGGUGCCCAACCUAAAGGGGUCUACUCCAAGGCCGUCAAAUUGGUUGUGGAGGACACUACGAGCCUGUGGAAUAAGCCCGAGUUGCCAGAAUGGAAAGACGAGGAGCACGACGACAAGCAUAAAUCUAAGAGCGAGCAUGCACAAGAUGAGGAACCACGCAAGAAGAAGAACAUCCACCUGGUAAUAGUGACACAUGGGCUGCACAGUAAUCUCGGUGCGGAUAUGCUAUACCUGAAAGAAAGCAUAGAUGCAACCGCAAGGCAAGCGCGGGAAGAUCGGCGGAGACGGCGCAGAGAAGAGAAGGGAGCAAAGAAGAACGAGACUAAAAAUGAUACAUCGACUGCACCCCUAUCAGGCGGUCAGGAUGACAUCUCAGAUAGCGAAGAGGAUGACGACGAGGAAGACGUGAUCGUGCGUGGCUUCGAUGGCAACGUUAUACGCACCGAGCGCGGCAUUCAGUAUCUUGGGAAACGGCUCGCCAAGUACGUUUUGACUCUAACAUAUCCUGACCAACCAUUCCUGCCGACCAAAAAGACCAUGGGGCAAAAGCUGUCAAAUCCAUUCUCGCCCACAAAAGACAAGUACGACGAGGGGUUGCCUUCUCAUCACGGUAGCAGUGUGCACCAGACGCCUAUCGCAAAAAGAGACAAACGUGCAUACAAGUUUACCAGUAUCAGUUUCAUAGGCCAUUCACUCGGUGGCUUGGUACAGACAUAUGCCAUUGCUUAUAUCUAUAAGCAUUCACCCCACUUCUUCGACACGAUCAAGCCCAUCAACUUCAUCGCCAUGGCGACUCCAUUCUUGGGGUUGAGUAAUGAGAACCCAACCUAUGUCAAGUUUGCAUUAGAUUUUGGACUAGUUGGCAGAACGGGACAGGAUUUGGGUUUGACCUGGAGGGCACCGACAUUGGCAAGAAGUGGCUGGACGGCCAUGGGUAAUGUGUUCAGCAAUCAGACUCAGAAUCGAGACGCGGAAGAUCCUGGUGCAAAACCCUUGUUACGCAUCCUUCCUACUGGCCCAGCCCAUAGGGUUCUACGCAUGUUCCGCAACCGCACGAUCUACUCAAAUGUAGUCAACGACGGCAUAGUACCACUGCGGACGAGUUGCCUUUUGUUCUUGGAUUGGAGAGGGCUGGGCCGGGUCCAGAAGGCGCGUAGGGAGAAUGGUCUCAUUGGGACAGUGGCUGUGUGGGGCUACGGGCAACUGACGGGUCAAAACUCCUCGCCAAACCCAUCCAGGGUUGGCUUCUCCGACGAUGACAGUUCCGGCGUCGAAUCGCCCACGUACGCUGGUGACGGUACCGCUGUACCGUUGCCAGGCGAGGAUGUCACCAACCAGGAAGAUGAGACGCAGACUUCCGCGAUCGAUCCAGCAACCCAUGAAGUCAUUGAAGGGCAGAAGAAGAGUCCUACACCGAAGGACCAGGAUGAUCAGUACUUCCAGCCUCAAAAUACCCUCAUGCAGCUCUGGAGCUAUAUCAGACCAACGGGAAAGCAUACCGCGAAGGACAAGAAGAUGUUCACACGUAGUCAGACCAUCUACAAGGACGAUGAAGACGAUUUGAGUUCGCCCGAAGCGGAAAGUUCAGGAUCAUCACAUUCCACACAACGGAGGAAGAGACCCCAAGCCACUCGUGGUGAUUCGAUUGUCGGUAACCCCAACAAUCACAGGGCACCCCCUAAAACGACAAUCUUCGAGUCCGCUGGCGAUUUGAUCAACCCACCUGUUCCUCCAAAGUCUUGGAUCAACGACCCUUCCACCCGUGCACGCGCCAUUUUCCAUGACAGGAUCUACCAUCCUGAAGAUAUCCCACCUCCGCCUACUAAGAAGAAGCCCACACGCAACUUAUCGGCGGAUAGCGCUUCCUCGCAGACAUCGACAACAAGCAUCGACGAGAGUGUUAUGCGCGUAGAAGAGCGAAUCGCUCGUGCCUACCACAAGGAUCUUUCGUGGCGCAAGGUUUUGGUGAGCCUGGAGCCUGACGCGCAUAACAACAUGAUAGUACGCCGCAUGUUUGCUAAUGCUUAUGGCUGGCCUGUCGUCAAGCACCUCUGUGAUACGCACUUUGCGGAUACAUACUCAGCCGGGACACGCGAUGAGGAUGAACCCGCCCUCGACCGCGCGGAACCCAUGGAUAAACCUGUCAGUGUGAAUGGCGAACGUGUCAAGGGACAGGAGAAUGUACAGCCGCCUAUUGAGCGCACUGAGAGCGAAAUGAGGGAGGUAGCCGACGAGCUAGCUCCACUGAAGCCGCCUCAUAUCAAGAUUCCAAAGCGAACGAAUACGACAGAGUCGAUCCGCAGCGCAUCAUCUGCCGACUGGGACAGCAUCUAUUUCAACGAGAGUAGCGACGACGACGACGAAUUCGACGACCGAAAUGCUGUCCAGCGCUUCUUCCAGCCCAAUAACCCGAGGGGCCAACCAAGUCCCACACUGAGUGGACCCAAGUCACCAGAGGCACAAGGCACCAGUGAUGCAGAUAUCUCCGACUUUCUCCGUGGACCCAACCGUGUCGAAUACCGUCGGGGUCUCGGCGCAGGUCCAAGCAGCAGCAGUAGCAGUAGCAACAAGCCCACGAAGUUGACCCGCGAACCGGAGCCUAUUGAGUCUACUGGCGAGAUGCCAACUUUGCUUGAGGAGGGUACGCUUUCAGACAGCCCGCCUGAGGUACCAGGUGGUAGGAUCAGUGGCGUGGGGUUAAGGAAUUCGAUUGAUAUUCCUGCGUCGCCCGACGGCACCAAGACAAGGAGUCUAAGUGGCGGUGUUGUUGAGCAGGUUGUUAGAUUGAGUAGUAGUCCGAAGACCGACAAGUCUGGUACAGGCGGCUCUUAG